AUGACCGUGGCGGCUAUCGCGGGUUCAAUGGUAGCUGCUGGUAUUGCAAGAAGCGGGGCCACACAUGGGCGAAAUGUUGGAAGCGGCCCAAGUGGUGGACCCCCGAAUGAGCUCAAGGUGACAGUGGAGAUAUUGGUGCAGCAGUUGCAGCAGGUCAACGGUCGACUUGCAGCAGCUGAAAAGAGAAAUGUGUUCGGUGCUGAUGAGAAAAACGGUGCAGAUGUCAAGGGGAGCAUAGUUGAGGAUGCUGCUGAAGACAAGGAGAAAGUAGUUCCCAGGAGUGACACUAGUGAGGAGCAGAAACAAAAGGCCAUGGUGCAGCUAAAGGGUGCUGCUAAGAAGGAGAAAUAUUUGGUGCUGAAUGUGGGAGGUUAUGCAGCUGAUAAGGCUAAGGAGAUUGGUGAACCCAAGGUGAAGCUGAGUCUAAAGGAAGCUGAGAUUGUGGGGGAGCAGACGAGUGCUUUCCUCAAAACUGGAGUUGGGAUUAGCUAUGCAGCGGCAUUGCUGAAAGGUGAAAGGAAAGAGUUAUUCAAGAAGGAGGAGCAGUUGAGCAAGGAUGUCAACCCUCCUAUGUCAAUGACUGAAGCCGUGAAGCGGGUUGUAAAGCACACUGAUGACGGGGGUGGAUUGGAAUAG